AUGCAUUCAGCUGUCCUGGCAACGCUCUUCUUGUUGAACUGGAUUCACUGCUGGUCCCUGCCACUUUUCAAUGGCGAUGAUGAUGAUGAUGAUGUGUCUGAGGAAGACCUUGAGUUUGCAGAGCACUACCUGAAGUCAUACUAUCAUACUGUGCCUCUUGCGGGAAUCCUGAAAAAGUCUGCAGCAACCUCCACAGUUGACAGGCUCCGAGAAAUGCAAUCUUUCUUUGGCCUAGAAGUUACUGGCAAACUUGAUGAUCCCACCUUAGACAUCAUGAGGAAACCAAGAUGUGGAGUCCCUGAUGUGGGUGAAUACAGUGUGUUCCCUCGAACGCUCAAAUGGUCCCAAACGAACUUAACUUACAGAAUUGUGAACUAUACCCCCGAUAUGCCCCAUUCUGAAGUGGAGAAGGCCUUCAAAAAGGCCCUCAAAGUCUGGUCUGAUGUGACACCUCUGAAUUUCACCAGAAUCCACGAUGGCACUGCUGAUAUCAUGAUAUCUUUUGGAACUAAAGAACAUGGUGACUUCUACCCAUUUGAUGGACCUUCUGGUCUUCUGGCACAUGCCUUUCCUCCUGGACCAAAUUAUGGAGGAGAUGCGCAUUUUGAUGAUGAUGAAACCUGGACAAGCAGUUCCAAAGGUUACAACUUGUUUAUUGUUGCUGCCCAUGAGCUUGGCCACUCCUUAGGUCUAGACCACUCCAAGGAUCCAGGAGCCCUGAUGUUUCCCAUCUAUACCUACACGGGCAACAGUCACUUCAUGCUUCCUGAUGAUGAUGUUCAAGGAAUCCAGUCUCUCUACGGUCCAGGAGAUGAGGACCCCAAUCCUAAACAUCCCAAAACACCAGACAAGUGUGACCCAGCCUUAUCCCUUGAUGCCAUUACCAGUCUCCGAGGAGAAACCAUGAUCUUUAAAGACAGAUUCUUCUGGCGUCUGCACCCUCAGCAGGUUGAGGCAGAGCUGUUUUUGACAAAAUCAUUUUGGCCAGAACUUCCCAACCAUGUGGAUGCUGCAUAUGAACAUCCAUCCCAUGACCUUAUGUUCAUCUUUAGAGGUCGAAAAUUCUGGGCUCUCAACGGCUAUGACAUUCUGAGUGGUUAUCCCAGAAAAAUAUCUGACCUGGGAUUUCCAAAGGAAGUGAAGAGGCUGAGUGCUGCGGUGUACCUAGAGGGCACGGGCAAGACUCUCUUCUUCUCUGGGAGGCAGGUGUGGAGAUAUGAUGAUACUAACCAGACUAUGGACAAAGACUAUCCCCGAUUCAUAGAAGAUGAAUUCCCUGGAAUUGGUGACAAAGUAGAUGCUGUCUAUGAGAAAAAUGGCUACCUCUACUUUUUCAACGGGCCAAUACAGUUUGAAUACAGUAUCUGGAGUAAUCGCAUUGUGCGAGUCAUGCCAACAAAUUCCUUACUGUGGUGCUAAGCAUCUUUUCAAAAUUGUUAUUUAA